GCCGCCGCCGCCGCCGCCGCCGCCGGCCGACGAGCAGCCCGAGCCUCGGACGCGGCGCAGGGCCUAUCUGUGGUGCAAGGAGUUCCUGCCCGGCGCCUGGCGGGGCCUUCGCGAGGACCAGUUCCACAUCAGUGUCAUCAGACCUUCCAGAAGACCGGCUGUUGAACGGAUCCCGGUGCCAGGCGAAGACAGGUCUCCUCCGAGCAGAACAAUACCGUUGAAUCAUCACCAAGUGCGAGGUGGCCUCAGUAACAUGCUGUUCCAGUGCUCCUUACCUGACACCGUGGCCACCAUUGGUGACGAGCCUCGGAAAGUGCUCCUGCGGCUGUACGGGGCGAUUUUAAAGAUGAGGUCCUGUAAUAAAGAGGGAUCCGAACAAGCUCAGAAAGAAAAUGAAUUUCAAGGGGCCGAGGCCAUGGUUCUGGAGAGCGUUAUGUUUGCCAUUCUCGCAGAGAGGUCGCUGGGACCCAAGCUCUACGGCAUCUUCCCCCAAGGCCGCCUGGAACAGUUUAUCCCGAGCCGGCGAUUAGACACUGAAGAAUUAAGUUUGCCAGAUAUUUCUGCAGAAAUAGCUGAGAAAAUGGCCACAUUUCAUGGUAUGAAAAUGCCAUUCAAUAAGGAACCAAAAUGGCUUUUUGGAACAAUGGAAAAGUAUCUGAAUCAAGUCCUGAGGGUCAAGUUUGCCGGGGAGCCCAGAGUGAAGCAGCUCCACAGACUCCUCCGCCACAACCUGCCUCUGGAACUGGAGAACCUGAGGUCGCUGCUGGAAUCCACCCCUUCUCCAGUUGUGUUUUGUCAUAACGACUGUCAGGAAGGUAACAUCUUAAUGCUGGAAGGCAGAGAGAAUUCUGAAAAGCAGAAACUGAUGCUCAUCGACUUCGAGUACAGCAGUUAUAAUUACAGGGGAUUUGACAUUGGGAAUCAUUUCUGUGAGUGGAUGUAUGACUAUAACUAUGAAAAGUACCCUUUCUUCAGAGCCAACGUCCUGAAGUACCCCACCAAGAAACAGCAGCUCCACUUUAUUUCCAAUUACUUGGCCGCAUUCCAAAAUGAAUUUGAAAACCUCAGUAAUGAAGAAAAGUGCAUUAUAGAAGAAGAGAUGUUGCUUGAAGUCAAUAGGUUUGCCCUUGCGUCCCAUUUCUUCUGGGGACUUUGGUCCAUCGUACAGGCCAAGAUUUCUUCCAUUGAAUUUGGGUACAUGGGGACAGCGAGUGAAGGAGCACGAUGGGGUCUGCCUCUGUGUUUUCCUCAGCUGUCACGGCUCCGUUCUCCGGCCUGCAGCACCCCACGUCGUGCGGGCGGCUGGUGCUGACUCAUUGAGCCGUCCUGGUUGCUGCAGGCAAGUUUGACAAGCCAGGCUGUCGUUUUCUUCUAACUUUAGGAAGCGUCCUUGACAUAGACAGUUUUAACCUCGAGUUAAGCCCUCUGUUGCCCCAUGGUGAGUGUUGGGAGCGUGUUCCAGGGCAGGGGCGUGUAAAGUCUCUAGUGAGCACCUUGCUUUGAGACAGGAGGUGGGAGUGACUAGUUCUCUGAUCCCCUAGUCCUGUACGAGGCGGAAGGUUGGUACUGCACAGGUCAGAGAAGGGGAAUAUGGAGUUUUGAAGCAGAUUUAGUCACGGUCCAGUGAUUAUUGUAAGGCAAAGUAGACAUCAAACAAAUACUACCAAAGAUAAAGAAUAAUUUUGUAAUAAUAAAAGGAUCGAUUGAUCUAGAAGACAUUAAGAAAAUCGUGAAUGCGUCCAUACCUUUCUUGCUUCAAAAGACGUAAAGCAAAACCUGAGAAAACUGAUGGAGAGAGAGGCGGACCCACAGAGCAGACCUCCCCCUCCCUUGGUGACAGCAGAGCCAGAAACACAGCAGCAGGAGGGACGGAGGAGUGGACAGCACUCUCCCGGCUUGACGUAAUUGAUGCCCACCGCAGAAGGUACAUUCUUGCCCAUUGAAUAUGGAAUGUUCAUCAAGAUGGACCGUAUGCUGAGCAGUAGAAAGUAGGUGUCAAGUGGAAAAGAAUUGAAAUGCAGAGAAUAUACUCUGACCCUGGUGGAAUUUAAUAGGAUAUCAGCAACAACAAAAUCUUGAAACUUCUUAGUUAUUUGGAAAUUAAACAGUACAUCUAAAUAAGCCCUGGAUCAAAGAAGAAAUGAAACAAAAUAUUUCAAAGAAAAUUAUAAGGGAACACAGUAUAUCAGAAUUUGUGAGAUGUAGUUCGAGUAGUGUUUAAAAACUUGUGGCUUUGAAGGUUACACAUCUGUAUUAGAUAAGAAAGUUUUCAAACCAGUGACCUUAAGAAGCUAGAAAGAGAAAAACAAGCUUAAGCCCAAAGUCAGUAGAACUAAAUAAAAAUAAAAGCAGAAAUCGUUGAAAUAGAAAAUGAAUGGGAAAAAAAAAAAAAGAGAGAGAAAGUCGGUGAAACCAAAAGUUGGUUCUUUGAAAAGUUCAAUAAUAAUUAUAAACUUUUGGUUAUACUGAGCAAGUAAAAGAGAAGACACAUGACUGAUACCAGGUAUAAAUAAGACAUCACUACAGAUCCUAUGGAUGUUAAAAAGGGUAAGAGAAUAUCAUGAAUAACUUCAUGCCAACAGAUCGACAGUGUGCACGUGCAAAUUUCUUAGAAAACACAAAUUACCAAAACUGACAUAACAAAUGACCAUAUACUUAUUCAAUAAAUUGAAUUCCUAAUCAGGAGGGAAGAAGAAAAACUGCCUUUAUUUUAUAGGUGACAUGAUCAUGUACAUGAGUAAAUAUAAAAGAAUCAGUAGAAAAGCUAGUUAAACUAUGCCGGGAGUUUACUGAGGUCACAGGAUACAAGGGCAGCGUAUAAAAACCAGCUGCAUUCCCAUAGGGUAGAAAUAGUUACAGAUGAAAUUUCACCAUAUUGACAAUGGCAUAAAAGUAUGAAAUACUUAGGCGGAUAAGGUUUUUAAAAUAUGUGCAUGACCUGUGUACUGAGAGCUGUAAAACAUUGCUAAGAGAGCCUAAAUGGAGACAGAGACCACAUUCGUGGCUUCAGGAGACUGACUCAGUAUGAAGAGUCUGUUCUUCCCAAACCGAUCUCCAGAGUCUCCACGAUCCCAGUCAAAACCCCCACAGGCUUUUUGGCAGAAACUGAUAAGCUGAUUCUAAAAUGUAUGUGAAACUAAAACUAAGGAACCGAGUCGGAAGACUCGUUCUGCCUGAUCUCGAGAUGUAUCGACACAGUGGGGCAUUGGUGGAAAACACACAGUGGGGCAUUGGUGGAAAACACACAGUGGGGCAUUGGUGGAAAGACGGACGUCGGUCGAAUGGAGCAGAGUCCAGUGCCCAGAAACAGACUCACACGUAGAGCCAACCAGUAUUCGACAGAAGGGCCGCAAUAAUUCACUGGGGGAAAGAAAGGGUUGUAUUUUCAAAACUGAUGUGGGAACAACUAAAUAGCCAUAUGGAAAAAAUACUGAACCUUGAUCUCCUGCCAUACACAAAAGUUAACUUGAAAGAGACAACAGACCUAAAUGUAAAAGCUCAGACCACCACGUGUCUGGAAAACACAAGGGAGAAGCUUCCUGACCGAGGCAGAGGUUUCUUAGGUUACAUAAAGCACCGACCAUAAAAGUAAGUUGGGCUUAAUCAAAAUGAAAAACUUUGGCUCUUUGAAUGACAUCCUUAAGGAAAUAAAAAGGCAAGCACCAACAGGAGAAGAUGUUGCAAAUUUGUAUCUGACCAGGACUUGUUUUUAGAAUAUAGAAAGAACUCACAACUUAGCGAGAAACCAAACCUCCUUUAUAAACAGGCAAAAGAUUGGGACACUGCACAGAAGAUAAACAAACGGCCAGUACACACCUUUUUGUCUGCGUAAUGUAAUUAGUCAUGAAAAGAGAUGCAAAUUAAAUCUCCAGUGUGAUUCCCUCCACACCUGUGA